AUGGACCCCUCCCAAGUCACGAUCCCGCCAUUGAAGGACUUGACAAUCGACAACAUCACCGAGAAUGUCAACCUGAUCAACUCCGCUAACCCGGACCCGCGGUUCAGAUACAUUCUCGAACGGCUGGUGGUGCACCUACAUGACUUUGCCCGUGAGACUCGGUUGAGUACGCAGGAGUGGAUGGCGGGGAUCCAGUUCCUCACCAAGACAGGUCAAAUCUGCACCGAUGUGAGGCAGGAAUUCAUCCUCCUCUCCGAUAUCCUGGGCCUCUCCUUGCUUGUCGACAGUAUCGACCACCCCAAACCCAAAGGUUCCACAGAGGGCACCGUCCUCGGACCUUUCCACACACACGAAGCCGAAACCCUGGAGCACGGGAGUCUCAUGUCGCACGACACCAACGGCGAACCCUUGCUCGCGAUAUGCACGGUCAAAGAUGUGUCAGGGAACCCGAUCGAGGGAGUCAAGAUUGACAUCUGGGAGACAGACUCGUCAGGACACUACGACGUGCAGCACGCCGACCGAGACGGGCCGGACGGGCGAUGUAUCAUGAUCAGCGAUGCCCAGGGGCAAUUCUGGUUCAAUGCCAUCGUGCCGGUGCCGUAUCCGAUCCCGCAUGACGGACCUGUGGGCCAGCUGUUGAAGAAGUUGGGUCGACACCCCAUGCGGCCAUCGCAUAUGCACUUCAUGUUUGAGAAGGAAGGAUUUGAUCAUCUGAUAACAGCCCUGUACCUAAAAGACGACCCGUACGAAACCUCGGACGCGGUCUUUGGCGUAAAGAACUCGCUCAUCGUCGAACUCGGCAAAUGCGACGCCGAGACGGCCCAGAAAUACGGUGUCAAGGAAGGCACGGCGCUCUUGAGACACGACUUUGUGCUGGUCACGGACAAGGAGAGCGCUGACUUGCGGGCCGAGAACUCGAGGCGCGCGCUGGAGAAACUGGGCCGGCGGGUCAAGAUCGUGCAGGGUCUGCCCGUGCCGGAUGUCGAUUGA